CGGGAAGGUUGAGGGGUGUCAAAAACCCUUCCUGAGUCGCCUGCAAGGAACGCUGCAGCCUAUAACGCAUGCCCAAAGUACCUAGGUUUUUAGGUAAGCUGGCUUGGCCAGAACACCCUAACGCCAGACCUUGUGAGAAGAAGUUGCUCCUUGUCCUCCUCCUCCCAUAGCCUUGGCAUUUCUUUCAUUCGGAGAAAUGAAAUCCCCAUUCAUCACGCGAAAAUGAGUUCCGUCUGAGCCUCGCGACAUGAUCCUCAAUUCACACUCCAUCACACCAUGCCCUUUCGUCCAUGAGCAAGCUGUGUUGUUUUCAAAGCGAGCUGCCAUAAUCACCUCGGCAACUAGGCGACUUUUUCCAGCUCCAUCUAAUUGAUCUCCCAGUCCUUUGAACCGUCAGUCCUCUCGACACCUGCACACCCCACUCAAGCUCCAGCACCUUGACCGCAAUGGCAGCCAAUAUGACAAGGCUAGCCAUGCAGCUCUCUUCUCAAAGACAUAUGACUCCAACGUCGCUCUCGAUAUCCACAAAGCGUCAUGCUUCAUCCGCGAUUCUCCUUCGAUCGAGCCGGCCUCGUCUCUCACCAUCUCAACAGCUUGCUCCAUUAGCAGCAAACCCUCCCUCCAACUCUACACCCCCAUCUUUCUUCACACCUUCACUGUGCAGGACACGUUCUGCCUCGACCGCUUCAGCUCCCACUCCUUCAAGCCAGGUUCUUGACUGGAAUGCGUUCUUCCGCCUUCGUACCUCUCGGCGGCGAUAUGCCCUAUCAUCUUCCAUCGUAUCAGCUGUUGCGACGACAGGCACAGCAUUUGUCCUUCUCACCGAGAUACCCGAUGCUGCGAGCACCGUUCAAUCCCUAGUUCCUACCGACCCUUUCAUUAGCAUGGGUUUGGCUACAUUUGCGGCCACAUUUUUGGGAUGGCUCAUCGGACCAGCCUUUGGAAAUGGCAUCUGGAGAUUACUUCACCGCAGUCGACUACCAGAAUUUACCGUCAAGGAAAAGGCCUUUUUCGAGCGCAUCAAGAGACAUCGCGUUGAUCCUACGGGUGCAAGCACCAACAAUCCAGUCCCAGACUUCUACGGUGAAAAAGUGGGCAGUGUCGCUGAUUACCGACGAUGGCUGAAGGAUCAAAGAGCAUUUAACCGCAAGAAGGGGGGCAGAUACCCGACAAAUUAAGUCACCGCUUGCUUAGCCGAAUCAAGUAACAUUGGUUCCAAAGCAUCAAACGGUGACAGAGAGGUCAACGAUCGCCUAAAAGCAAUAGUUGAGGCAGAUCCAUGCCUGGGUCAGCAAGUACCAUCCAUGGUCGCCGCAUCACAGCAAAUGAUUCGACUCAUGCUGCAGGUUCGGCGCUUUGAAUAGGGCUAUGAUGUAUUGUAAUAUCAACACUAUCAUCUUUGUUGUACAACAUCCAAACUCCAAAUGACAGUAUGAAGUGGACAUAGGCCCAGCUGUUGAUGGCUCGUCACGUCACGUGCAUGGUCCGACUGUGAGCUUCUCAUCACGUGAGGUCAUCUUCCCUAACACGUGAUAGUCACUUCGUUGAGGUCGUUAAAGUACAGUACGAGGCCUCUCACAGACCUGGACAAGAGACCUUAUCAUUGGUGUAGAGGGAAAUCUGGUGUCUUUUGAAUUUCAAGACACCCGUUGUACUACUUAUAUGCAUCUCUUAAUUAGACAUCAAUUCGAGCGUCUGACAUCCGUGA